AUGUCCCAUCCAUCCGAAGGAAGCUCCAACCAAAUGCAAGACAUUUUCAAAAUGAUCAUGAACCAGAAUCGGCAGAUGGCGGAACAGAACGCGCGGUUAAUGGCGGUUAUGGAAAGGUUCACCACUCAAGCAGCCCCCAACCAGCCAACUAACAACCCCGAGUUGGUCAUCGAGUCUCUGUCGUCCAAUAUUCGAGAGUUCUGCUACGAUCCGGAAAACGGUCUUACAUUUGACCGUUGGUACCAAAAGUACGAGGAUUUUUUUCUUCAAGAUGGAGCCAAGCUGGACGAUGCGGCCAAGGUACGGCUGCUGCUUAGGAGUUUGAACGUGAUAGUCCACGACAGGUACCUGAACUUUGUUCUGCCGAGACAUCCGCGGGAUUUUAGUUUCGAAGAGACUGUCGAGAAACUAAAACAGCUCUUUGGAACCCGGAUUUCUCUAUUCAGCAAGAGGUACAAUUGCUUUCAACUUGUCAAGCAGCCGGAGGAGGAUUUCGUGGCGUAUGCCGGAACGGUGAACAAACGCUGUGAGGACUUCGAGUUAAGCAGAAUCACCUCGGAUCAAUUCAAGACGCUGAUUUUUAUCCGAGGCCUCCAAUCGUCGAAGGAUUCCGAUAUCCGCACCAGACUACUUUCCAAGCUGGAAUCGGAUGAAGGAGACUGCAAGUUGGAAACGCUUAUCAUCGAAUGUCAACGACUCCAGAACCUCAAGCACGAUACCGCUUUGGUCGAGCAGAAGCAACCUUCAUCUGCUGCUUCAGUAUGUGCACUCAAACAAGAAAAGCAAGCAACAAUCAACUUUACCCAAGACACCGUGUUGGCAAUGUGGAGGUAUGCAUUUCGUCCGAGAAUGCCCCUUCACUAA